AGCUCCAAUUAUACAACAUUUUUCUGAAUCUUGUUUAGGUUCAACCACUAUUAGGUGCUUCAAUCAAGAAGAGAGGUUUAUGGAGAUAAACCUCAAGUUAGUAGAUGGGUAUGCUCGGCCAAAAUUUCAUUUCUCAGGUGCAAUCGAGUGGUUAUGCUUUCGUAUGGAUAUAUUGGCAUCCAUUACAUAUGCUGUCUUUUUGGUUUUCUUGAUCUUAGUGCCGAAGGAUGCACUCAAUCCUGGUGUUGUGGGUUUAGCUGUCACAUAUGGGCUUAGUUUCAGCUUACAUGGUGUUGUAUGGGAUCUUAACCAACUUCAGACUAAAAUCAUAUCUGUUGAGAGAAUGCUACAAUACACUUGCAUCCCUAGUGAACCCCUUUUACUGGGAGAAGAAAAUAGGCCCGGUCAUGAAUGGCCAUCACAAGGGAAAGUUGAUAUUAUUGAUCUACAGGUCCAAUAUGGCCCGCAUCUUCCUUUUGUCUUGCGAGGUAUUACAUGCAAUUUUCCAGGAGGAAUGAAGAUCGGCAUCGUUGGGCGAACAGGAAGUGGUAAAUCAACUCUCGUACAAGCUCUCUUUCGUGUGCUUGAACCUACAGUCGGUCAGAUUUUGAUAGAUAGUAUCGACAUCUCUAAGAUUGGCCUUCAUGACUUGCGGUCAAGAUUGAGUAUUAUCCCACAAGACCCAACAAUGUUUGAGGGGAGUCUAAGAAGUAAUCUUGACCCACUUGAAGAGUACACUGAUGAACAAAUUUGGGAGGUGCGGUUUUUUCAUUUGAUGAAAUUUUUAUUCAUUGACAAAAAGAUAGGAUGGACAUAUCUCCUUCUUACUGGUAUUUUCUGCACAAGAAUUCAGCUUGGUGAUGAAGUUAGAAAGAAGAAGGGGAUGCUUGAUUCUACAGUGACUGAGAAUGGAGAGAAUUGGAGCAUGGGUCAGAGGCAGCUAGUCUGUUUAGGGCAUGCACUACUCAAGGGGAGUAAAGUGUUAGUACUUGAUGAAGCUACAUCAUCGGUGGAUACAACAACUGACUAUCUAAUUCAGCAAACGCUUAAGAAAUAUUUCUCAAGAUCCACUGUCAUCACAAUUGCACAUAGAAUAACAUCAAUUAUUGAUAUUAAUCUGGUUCUCCUUCUUGAUAACGGCCUUGUAGUGGAAUAUGAUUCCCCAACCAAAUUGUUAGAGAACAAAUCCUCAUCAUUUGCAAAGCUUGUUAAGGAGUAUACUCGAAGAUGUAGUUCUUAGUUUUUGAAAGGAUAAAUAAAUGAAUUUUGAAAGUCCAAAUGUAG